AUGGCUGCUUUAGCUUUAAGAGUAUGUGAACAACGCGCUUCACAAGCUGAAGAAAUUGUAGCUACACUAAAGAGGCAAUUGCAGCUUAUAACAUCGCAAGCAACUAAUUCUGCCGGUACCGCUCAAACUUCCCAAGAAGUUGUUCGAUUACAGGAUGAAAACAACAGUCUAACCAAACAAGUCGAAGCCUUAAAGCAACGCCUCUGUUAUCUGGAAAUUAUGAACGGAAAAAAGCAAGUUCAACUUCCUAAAGUGUCAUCAACUGCAACUAGCUCUAAUAAAAAUGAUGCAUCACCUCCCAAAGCUGCUAAAACUGUCGAGCAAUCGCCAACUAAUCCUGAUAAUAAAGGUAAGCCAGACCAAAAAAAAGAAAAGAAACAGAAAAAGGCCGAAGCAGAGACUAAAAAAAAUGCUAAGAAUUCUAAACCGAUUGAUAUCUCAAGAUUAAAUCUAAAAAUUGGACAUAUUGUAUCUGUUAAGAAACACCCUGAUGCUGAUUCUUUGUAUGUAGAAGAAGUAAACGUAGGCGAAGAAAGCCCACGAACUAUUGUCAGUGGAUUGGUUAGACAUAUCCCUAUCGAAGGAAUGCAGGAUCGUUUAGCCAUAUUCUGUUGCAAUCUGAAACCUGCAAAGAUGAGAGGAAUACUCUCCCAGGGUAUGAUUAUGUGCGCUAGUUCACCGGAAAAGGUAGAAAUAAUAAAUCCACCUGAGGGUUGUGUACCUGGUGAUAGGGUAGUCGUUGAGGAAUAUCCUGGUGAACCUGAUACAUUACUAAAUCCUAAGAAAAAGAUAUUUGAACAGAUCCAGCCUGACCUACGAACCAAUGAUGAAUGUAUAGCUACUUACAAAGGCUGUAAGUGGACUGUUAAAGGGAAAGGUAUUUGCAAAGCUCCAACUAUGGCUGGAUUUAAUAUCAAAUAG